UUUGUAUGUGCAUAUAUAUAACAUACACGUAUACAACUAAAUACAUGGUUGUAACAUAGGUGCAUAUACUACGCAGCAACCCGCGUCUGAGUUACAAAUCAUAACGCCUCCACCCGAGUCCCAAAUACAACCGCCUACUAUAUAUAUAUAUAUUUAUUAAUAUAUUACUUUAUUUAUAUACAGAUACAAAUUAUAUGUACAUAUAUCUAUAUAUAUAAGCAUCGUUUAUUGUUGCAAUUUGUACUACACAACCUCAAUAUAAAAUAGACUGUACACGAUGGAGAACGAGCAAACCCGCGACCAAGUGAAUAACGCAGCUCCCACUGCACCAUCUGUGUGUGUGAAGUGCUGUGUUUUCUUCGGAAACCCUGCCAACGACGGCAUGUGCUCUCAGUGUUACAAACUGGUCAACGAUACCGAGCCCGCUAAGGUCAUUUCAACAGCAAAGGUCAUUACACCAGAGGUCACACACGAUCUCGGUGGAGCUACGCCCGCAAAAGUGGCUGUUGUAGCACGGCCUGCCGUUCCUGCGGCCGAGGACGACACACCGGAAGAUAGUAAUAGAAGGAAGGUGCAGAAGAACAAGGGCAAGUGCUGGAGUUGUAAGAAGAAAGUAAUGUUCGCCAAACAGCUGACUAACAAGUGUCGAUGCGAAUACAUAUUCUGUGACGAGCAUCGCUUAUCCGAUAGGCACGACUGUGACUUUGGCUAUAAAGAGAGUGGGCGUGAGCUGCUUUCCAAGCUAAAUCCACAGGUGGUUAACGAGAAACUCGGCAAGAUCUGAGAUAUACCUACAUAGACUUACUAUAUAAGGACCGAGAAACAUGGUGCGCAUAGGUUGGCUAUGUGAGACAUAGGGUGUAUGAGUGAAUAAGCUCAUUCGCGCCGUAUAGCACAUGUUUGAAAGUGAGUGGCGACGGUUCACGACACAACUGCCGAGAGCGGCUACUCAACGACGAUGUGCGUUCUCGCGCAUGUCGGCUGUGUUGCAGGGAACAGCGCCUGCGAGUGCUUGGCUGUGCUUGUGCCCCGAGUUGUGGGGAAGGGAAUGUAAAGGAGGAUAUGUAGGUACACAUUGUGCGACACGUAUCCCUGGUGUACGCGAGGCUCUGCUGGUGUGCGCAUGUUGGCUGUUGAGUGGGUACAUGCAGCGCUUGCUGACACGGAAGGAAAGCGUGGGCUGGUAGAGUACAUCCACUGGUCGCAAUGCCUGCGUUCUGUGGAGCCCUCAUGCGACUGUGUAACCCGUAUGACUGUGGCGUGGUGUAUACCUACCACCGCAGUGACUGUAUAUGCGGAGGGGUGCUCCGUCGGGCCAGACGGGGUGGAUGCGCACUGUGCUAAGAAAUAUAAAUAAUACUAUGGAACUGUUCUUUGAUUUACGAAUUUUACGGAUACGAGCUUGACAUUGCAUAUAAAUAAAUACUGCCG